UGGGACAAAUACAGCCAACCUUUAACGUGCGAACUCUAAUGUCGUAUUUAUCCUCUGACUAUCGGGAAAAGAGUCAGUUCAGUCUAACUGGUUAGCUGUUUCGGCUUGCUUCCAUGGCAUCUCUCUCACCUCUCCCCAAAAUUUUCUCCCAAAACCCACAUGUUCAUGCAAAUCUCCAUGAUCAUUUGCGUAAUCCCAACGUAAUAUACCGAAACCUUUCAUUUUCUGGACUCGGAUUUCGGUGUUCUCAACAUGCAUCGAUCGGAGAAACGAGAAUUGUUAGAAAAAGUUCUAAUCAAACUGAAGUUAUGAUUGAGUCUGCUACUCAAGUUUUUGAUGUUCCACUCUUGUCUUGCUCAGAGGCUAUUGAAAGGCUAAAAACAAACCGAGAAACUCAAAAUGUCAAGCAACCGUUUCUGGCCAUGUACUCUAGCGUUUUUGGUGGAAUAACAACGGAUCCUGCAGCUAUGGUGAUCCCCAUUGAUGAUCACAUGGUCCACAGAGGCCAUGGUGUUUUUGAUACUGCAGCUAUAAUGGAUGGAUUCCUCUAUGAGUUGGACCAACACCUUGACCGAAUUUUAAAGUCUGCAUCUUUGGCUAAAAUUAAGCUCCCAUUUGAUCGGGAGAGCAUAAGAAGAAUACUGAUAAAAACUGUGAGUGCCUCCAAGUGUAGAACAGGAUCAUUGAGAUACUGGCUCUCAGUAGGACCUGGUGAUUUCCAGCUCUCCUCAUCUGGCUGCCAUCAGCCAGCUCUUUACGCUGUUGUCAUUCAAAGUGAAUCACCAUUUGAUUCAAAGGGCAUUAGAGUAAUAACCUCAUCAGUCCCAAUAAAACCCCCUCAAUUUGCUACCAUGAAAAGUGUGAAUUACCUUCCAAAUGUGCUUUCAAAGAUGGAGGCAGAAGAAAAUGGUGCAUAUGCAGCUAUUUGGCUGGAUAGUGAUGGGUUCAUUGCUGAAGGGCCUAACAUGAAUGUGGCAUUUGUUACAAAGGACAAGGAACUUCUUAUGCCUAAGUUUGACAAAAUUCUAAGUGGGUGCACAGCUAAGAGAGUUUUGACUCUUGCGGGAGAACUAGUUAGAAAGGGUGAGCUUCGGAGAAUAGAAAUGAGAAAUGUGACUGUGGAGGAAGGGAAGAAAGCUGAUGAGAUGAUGCUUAUUGGCAGUGGGGUUCUCGUUCGGCCUGUAGUGCAGUGGGAUGAUCAGAUCAUUGGUGAUGGCAAAGAAGGUCCUGUGGCUCUCAGCCUCUUAAAUCUCAUUUUUGAGGACAUGAAAUCAGGCCCCCCUACAGUCCGAGUUCUUGUUCCUUAUUAAGCUUGCUUAAUUGGUGUUACAUGAUCAGAGCUCUGAAUGCCGGAAUUCCUCUAAUUGUGGAUCACUCCAUGGUUGUGAUCUUCCUUUGUGACAAAUAAGUGCUUUGAGUUCUUGACGUAUUGCCCAUCAUCUAUCUUUAGUACUGAUGGCAGGCAUUGGCAGAUUUGAGAUAGUUUAUCUCUUUGGUCUUGUAUCAAUGAUAAGAAUAACAGUACUCUUCAUGUGUGUUUAUAAGCU